ACAAACAGGUGAAAGGGAACCGAAGAAACAUCAAACUGUCGGUGUCGGCAGCGUUGUCAUUAAACGCCAUUUGGAAUAUUUUUUUAUUUUCUGGUGCGAAAAUAUAUUUUCAAUCAACGAUUUCAUUAUUUAUCGGACCCUGAAUGAUGUCGCGACACAUCACCGAGACGGAUAUCUCGCUGGACUACUCUUCCGAGCCCGAUGAGUACGAAUCGGAGUACGUCCAGGAUCUGCUCUUGCUGGCAGAUCAGUUCGAGGUGUACGUGGGUAACACCGGGAAGGUAAAUUACGAGAAGUACUACUGCUUGUUCAAGCAGCACGGCUUCAUGAAGGAUAUGACCUUUUGGCGUACCCACAACCACUUGUACCAUGCGCGGGUUGUUUACCGGUCCAAGGGGGAGGCGGACAAAGCGGUCGAGCAGAUGAACAAUCGGAAGUUCUUCGGCAAGCGCAUUCGGGUGUGGCAUGCGCUGGAAAAAGUGGAGUUGGAUUAUGCGGCAGCUAUCCGGGUCGAUGAUCUGGCGGCGGAUGUAUCUGAGGAGGAUAUAUUCGACCAUUUUCUAUCCUGUGGUGACAUAAAAUUUGUCGUAAAGACUGGCUUCGCGGCUUAUGUGCAGUUUGCAUCUUCGUCGGCUGCUUCCCAAUCGCUAGGAUUGGAAAUGAUUCUGAACGGGGAUCCGUACACUUUGAGCAGGAUCGCGGCGGAUGAUCGGAUUGAUCACGCACAGGUCAUAGAGAACAUGAAGGACAUCAAGUAUCGGAAGCCGUUCGUGAUUGUGGAGAAUUAUCCGGAGCUUCCGUUUGAAGAUCUCAACCGAUAUAAGAGCAAUUUUGAAUCGAUUGCCCCUGUGAGGCAUUUCAAGAUUGCACCGACCGGCGACAAAACAGUCACAUUGGCACUGUGUAUGGACAAGGCUGCCGAUCGAGAUGCAGUGAUAAACCGUUUCAAAGGGGCAAUUAUCAUGGAUAAAAAACUGAAGGUGUAUCUGGUGCCGGGUAAAGCACGUAUGACGGCCGCCCAUGUAGCAAAAUAUGCAAUUUGCAAGAAUUCUAUUACGGUGGAUAACGUCCGUCCAUAUCUUAAAGACUACGAUGUGAGUUCGAUGUUCAAGAAAUGCGGCACCAUCAGUUUCUUAGAAAAGCUUGAAACCAGGUGGAUUAUUUGUUUCGAUAGUCCAUCGGCGGUGUCAUUGGCGCGCAGUUAUCAUCAAUUUAGUUUGUAUCGCAAGGUUCUGAAAGUUUGUGAUUUGACACAGGAAACUUUGCCGGUUUCAAAGAAAAUUCAGCUGCGAGAUCGUGAUGGUCACAUCAAGCUACAUGAAGAAGAAAAGAAGCCUAAUACUGUAACAAAAUAUGGACGAGGCGCAGAUGAUUUUCUCAGAGAUCUUUUGAAAACUAUGGACAAAAAUAUUAAAAAUGACAAAAACAUAGAACCAUUGGCAGAUGCUGCCGGCAAACAGCAGCCUGUGCCACAGAAGCCAAAGCAGUUUGGACCUUCUCUGAAAACCAAGGGGACCGCUGCGGACGUAAAAGUCACUGCAUCGAAGCCAAGCUCAUCAGACGGCUCUGAUAAACCAAGUACAUCUGCAGCAACCCAAAACAAGGAUAAUAAUCCGCUUGUAGAAGAUGCAGACAAUAUUUACACAACAAGCUGCCUAACCGUAGCAAAUCUUCCCAAAGGAAUCGAGGAAAAUGAUUUACGUGAGCUGUUCCAACCCUCGCGGAUCAAACAUGUUCAUCUGUAUUGCAGCAAAGAUCCGUAUUAUCCUUCUUCGGCGGCGAUUCUCAAUGCCCUUUCGAAGGCGGAUGCGAAACAAAUUUUAACCCACCACCACGACACUUAUCGAGGGAAAAGGGUCCUCAUCAAGCAUUCAUUUCUACCCGGAAUGGACUUUUUGCCGGCAAAUAGCCUCAUACUGAAACAAUUGCCUCCAAAUGUUAACGAGGAGGGCAUUCUCACCGAGGUGCAGAAAAUUCUCGGCCCCGAUACGGUGGAAGACGUCAUCAAGCCUGCGAAUCACUAUGCGUACUUCGAUCUCAAGGAGGAUAUUUCGGCGCACACGGUACUCAAUCGGUUGCGCGGCGCGAUGACGCGUUUCAAGAUCGAUGUAUUCCCACUGUACUGCAGAUUGCCGAAGACGUUUUUAAACUUACGAUCGCACUCGCGGAAGACGAUCGAAGAAAUGCGUACGCUUUGCGGAGCCCAGAAGCCAGACGUACCGUCGAGGGAUGAUAAGGAAUUUGGAGUACACAAUGCGCAUAAAUUAUUUGUCGGUAACAUUCCACGGGACACUCUCGCGGAGGACGUCAUCGCUUAUUUCAACAACUAUGGUAGCGUCAUUGAUUACUCAGCUGUGGAAAAAAAGAGCUGCUAUCUACGCAAAUCUGCCAUCAUCAGCUUCAUGAACCUGAAGCACGCAGAGAAUGCGUUCUGCCAGCAGCCUCACUAUCUGGAGGGCAGCAAGCUGGGGGUUCACCUGAUGGACAGUCCGCCGUUCAAUUUCGCAAAAGACGAACGGGUUCUCACCGUUAAGUUCCAUAGUCCAUUCAUAACAGAUGAUGAAAUACGAUUUGAGUUACUAAGUGUGUUAAAUAUCGUCUAUGAUAUGCGCUUCGAUGCGUUCGACGAUCGGGCCAAUUAUGUGGCAAAGUAUAAAAUUACUAAAAACAAAUAUCCAGCCUUUGAAGCCCUGCUCAACACGGAGUACAUCAACAAUGAAGCAGUAAAAAUAGUCCAGGGUUACGAUCCUUCACCUCCGACAGAUAAAGAAGCCCGCGAAAGUUCAAAUAUUGGAAACUCUCCUUUCCGACGUCAGAAGGAAAAAUAUUUAAGUUAUACCAACUACAAUGAAAAUAUCAAGGAAGACAUGGAGCUGCGUUCCAAGCCUAGAAAAGAAACCGACAUUCCUUUUAAGUCUUUCUUCAACGAUAAUUCAAUACAAAUCAACAACGUUUCAUUGGAUACGACGCUGGAGCACAUCCGAGACCUAUUCAUUAAAUGUGGUGACAUUGUAGACUAUCGCGCAUUAAUCCUAGAAGAAGACAACAGUAAGAUUUGCUUUGUGAGAUUUAAAAUAGAUUUAGCUGCCGAUUUGGCUUGCACGUAUAACCAAAAAAUGGUCAAUGGCAAACGUAUUCUGGUGCACUUGGCAAGGGAAACCUUGGUGGCCGAGCGAGAGCAAUCGGUUCUUCUAGAAAGGCUAAACCCUGUAUCAACCACCGAAGAUGUUCACGCUGCAUUCUCGCAGAUCGGAACAGUCAAGUACGUUCAGAAACAGUCUCCAUUCACGGCAAUCGUUUGCUUCAAAGAUAAGGACAGCAUGCUCGAAGCAGUCAACGUUUCCACCAUACCUAAGUCUGGACAGUUCAUUGUCAACCCGUGUUAUGAAGAAUAUGAUCCUCGCCUGUUUAAUAAUUUCUGUUGUCAGGAAGAGCAUAUUUCAUUCGAGCACUUGAGAAACGUACUUAGGCCUCGUAUUCUCCCUGAGUUUCAUCAGCUUGAACUCGAGCGACAAGUGUUCGAAAGCUUACCCGAUGAUAUCAAAACCCAUCUUAUCAAUGAAGUAUUCCUCGCCCGUGAAAAAAUCCCAAGCUUCAACAUGUUCCCGAAGCACCAGCAGAUCAAUAUUUUGAAGAACAAAUACCCCGAGUUUACUCAGCGGGAACACUUCGUGCGGUUGACACCGCGCGAACAAGAAAAGCUGUUGGAUGUGACGAGUAAACUACAGCACGACUAUCCGUACGAGGAUGUCAAGGACACGGACGUGCUACCUCCGGCCCCAAAGCAGGUACGCUUGGAAGACGCAGCCCCGAGGAAACCAGACAAAGCUUUCGCAGCCAAUUGGUACUCGGACGCUUCACAAGAACCCGUACCUAUGCCGAGCCCAUUUCCAGACGCAGAUAUGGGAAUGCAGCAGAUGAACGUACCCAUGAAUGCUAACCAUGUGGCUCAGGCACUUCCAUCGUCCGGUUUGCUCGGUUUCCCUGAUGGCAAUCCACCUCUAAUGGAAUUCCCUCCGCAAAGCAGCAUGUUCCAACAGAGAGGAGUUGGUCCUGGCGGUUUCUUUAACGUAUGUCCUCCACAGCAUCAGCCGAACUUCAACAGGGGCAAUGGUGGUCCCAUGGGACCGUCACCUUCCUUUGGUCCCCCGCACACGGGUAGAAUGCCGGGCCCAAUGGGUGGCAACCCCAGUCCGUGGAUGCAACAGCGGAUGGCUGCGAUGGCUUACAAUGCAGGAUCACCUUCAGCUGUUCCGAUGGGUUUCCAGCGUCCGCCCUUCUUCAAUUAAGGUAAAGAAGGGUUACGGUGUAGAUUUUAUAUAAAAUCUUAUUCAUUGGAAGUGUGCAA